UCCGGAAGUUCAUCUUCUGGGUAUGCUCCAAGAUGGCAGCCCCCAUAGUGCGGCGCUGGUUUCUUCUGGCGCGGAGAGUGUCUCUGCUUCCAGUCUCCUUGGCAGGUAAAAGAUGCCUGCUUUCUGCAGCAUAUGUGGACAGCCACAAAUGGGAAGCAAGAGAAAAAGAACACUGUCACCUGGCUGAUCUAGCAUCUUUAAUGGAUAAAACGUAUGAGAGAAAGUUGCCUGUUAGUUCUUUAACAAUAUCACGGUUUGUGGACAACAUUUCAUCUAGAGAAGAGAUAGACCAUGCAGAGUAUUACCUUUACAAAUUUCGACACAGCCCCAAUUGUUGGUACCUGAGAGACUGGACUAUCCACACCUGGAUUAGGCAGUGUUUAAAAUAUGGUGCACAAGACAAAGCCUUAUAUACCCUUCUAAAUAAGGUCCAAUAUGGAAUUUUUCCAGAUAACUUUACAUUCAAUUUACUGAUCGAUUCUUUCAUAAAGAAAGAAAAUUACAAAGAUGCUUUAUCCGUGGUUUUUGAGAUCAUGCUACAAGAAGCCUUUGAAGUACCUUCCACCCAGCUUCUGUCCCUCUGUGUUUUAUACCAUUGCCUGGCCAAGAAGACAGACUUCAGUUGGGAAGAAGAGAGGAACUUCGGUGCAUCACUAUUGCUUCCAGGCCUAAAGCAAGAGAACUCAGUGGGGUUGAGUUCCCAGUUGUGUGGCUAUGCACUUCUUGGGAAGGUGGAAUUGCAGCGAGGGCUCCGGGCUGUGUACCAUAACAUGCCUCUGCUGUGGCAACCCGGCUACCUUGACCGAGCCCUUCAAGUGAUGGAGAAGGUGGUCUCGUCCCCGGAGGACAGGAAGCUGUGUGCAGAAGCGCUGGAUGUGCUGGACAGAGCGCUGAAGGCUGUGACUGCUCCAGCCUGUGGGUCUUCAGAGGAACAGCGCCAAGAAGAAGACAGCCAGGGCUCAGACGAGCUGGUGGAGCAGCUGGACAUGGAAGAAACUGAACAGUCCAAGCUUCCCCAGUACCUGGAACGAUUUAAGGACUUACAUUCUAAGCUUGUGGCUUUGGGCAAAGUUGAGUCAGAAAGCCUUUUGACUCUGACCAUGCAGCUCGUCAAGGAACAGCUCCCCGCCUGCGAAGCAGAGGACAUCGCAUCCUAUGAGCAGAAGCUGCAGCAGUGGCAUCAGGAACGGGUACACUUGAUUCAGAGGGAACAGGAGCAGAGGGAGAGGGCAAAGCGGGAGCAUGAGGCCCGGAGAGCAGCAAAGGCAUCUGCCUAGUAGGCCCACAGGCCCCAGGCCCCACCACAGGAACUUCACUAGGCCCCGCCCUAGGAUUCAUGAUGACCAUGAUGGCAGCCUCCACUUCCUCCGUACGUCUCCUUUUCCUCGAGCAGGCCGCUUGUGACAGAGCCACAGUGUUCGACAUAUGAAGGCACUGUGAUUUCCCAUCAGAUGCCGAGAAGGGUGGCGGAGCUGUGAGUGGCAGGUGAUCAGACGAAGGCCCCAGCUAAACACCUUAAAAAGGUGCUGUGAAGGCUAAUGGUGGGGUUUCCAGGGUCAAGGAAACCCUGAUCAGUGUUGGACAUUGAAAGUUCCUGAUACAUAGCAGUGGUGGAGGGAGAGGCUGUGGCUGAACAGCCUGGUUUCAAGCACAGGCUUCUGAAUGGCCUCUCUCCCCGGCAGGCGAACUGCACACCCUGAGGCCUCGUCCCCCUCAGUGUCCUUGAUGGGUGUGGAACGCCCACGUGUCUCACUUUCUCCUUCCCCUAUGUCUAAACUGGGGAGAAACUGAGGACAGGAACGAACAUGACACCAUGAACCCAUUUGCUUUCAGAUUUCAGGCACCCACAGUGACAGUUUUAGAAUGGAAGGGUUUUUGAGGAGAGAGCUGGCUCUAGCUGUGAAGCCUCCUGGACUUGGCUACUCCA